UGGCUCCUGUCAUAGGGUGCUUACAACCUCUAGGAGAGGCCUAACAGGAAGGUGGGGUUAGCAUUAUAGAGAUGCAGACUAAAGAUGUAGGUUAAUGCUGAGGCCAGCUCAUUUCACAAAGAAACUAAUAGGAGACGUAGGUCAUUAUGCAAUUUCCUCAAAUGCUUAUGAUCCGUUGAAUCUCCCAUUCCUACUUGAAAACCAUAAGGCACAGGGCAACCUGACCGCCUUGUGCCUUUGUUUUCUGGCUCUCCUGCCUGGGUUGGACCUGAGAACUUCUCCUCUGUGGCCCAUCAGAUGGCGCCGCCGCCUGCAGUGCAUCUCCAGGUGCAUAGGUGGCGCUGUAGCCCUGGCCUCUUUACCACCACCACCACCCCACCUUACCCCGCCCCGCCUCGGUGACCCUUACUUCCGCCUCCGGAGCCCGCCUCUCUUCGUAGGGACUCAGCUGCGCAGUCUCCGGCCGCGGGCCUGUGGAGAGCAUGGCGGCGUCUUCAAGUGGAGAGAAGGAGAAAGAGCGGCCGGGAGGCGGUUCUGGAGCGGCCGGCGGUAACAGCACGCGAGAGCGACUGCUGUCUGCGCUGGAAGAUCUGGAGGUCUUGUCGAGAGAACUUAUAGAAAUGUUAGCAAUUUCAAGAAACCAAAAGUUGUUGCCACCUGAUGAGGAAAACCAGGUCCUGGAGUUGUUAAUUCACAGAGAUGGGGAAUUUCAAGAACUGAUGAAAUUGGCACUCAAUCAGGGAAAAAUCCAUCAUGAAAUGCAAGUUUUAGAAAAGGAAGUGGAGAAGAGAGACAGUGAUAUUCAGCAACUACAAAAACAGCUCAAGGAAGCAGAACAAAUACUGGCAACAGCUGUUUACCAAGCAAAAGAAAAACUCAAAUCAAUAGAAAAAGCAAGAAAAGGUGCCAUCUCCUCUGAAGAAAUAAUUAAGUAUGCACAUAGGAUUAGUGCAAGUAAUGCUGUAUGUGCCCCACUGACCUGGGUUCCAGGGGACCCACGGAGGCCAUACCCAACUGAUUUGGAGAUGAGAAGUGGAUUAUUGGGUCAAAUGAACAAUCCUUCCACUAAUGGUGUAAAUGGUCAUUUACCAGGGGAUGCACUAGCAGCAGGCAGAUUGCCAGAUGUCCUUGCUCCACAAUAUCCAUGGCAGUCAAAUGACAUGUCAAUGAAUAUGUUACCACCAAAUCACAGUAAUGACUUUUUGUUGGAACCUCCCGGGCAUAAUAAAGAAAAUGAAGAUGAUGUAGAAGUUAUGUCAACAGACUCCUCUAGCAGCAGUAGUGACUCUGAUUAAACACACAAAAGACAAAAUUCAUACAGAAUUGAAUACUGUGGGGGCACUUGGGUGACUUGGUUGAGCGUUGGACUCUUGAUUUUGGCUCAGGUCACUAUUUCAGGGUUUUGAGAUCAAGCCCUGCUUCAGGCUUUGUGCUCGGCAUGGAGUCUGCUUAAGAUUCUCUCUCCCUCUGCCCCUCCUCCCACCUCCUUUUCUAGAAAACAAACAGAACAGAAUAGAUUACUAUGGAAUUCUGUUUCUUAAACAGUUGUAAGCCUGUAAUAAAUAGCUAGGUCAUACUGGCUCUAGUGGAAUUGUACAACCCAUAAAAAUCACUGGACUUUAAAGCCAAAAAUCAUGGUUUCAGUUCUAAACCACUAAGUAAAUAUUUAAAGAAUAAUCAAAAUUUACU